AUGAAGGCUGCUCCGCUUCUGGUGUCCUGGCACAACGAGAACGCUCCCAUCUACUCAGCUCACUUUGAGCCGCACGGCAAGGGACGCCUCGCAACAGCUGGCGGAGACAACAAUGUCCGGCUCUGGAAUGUCGAGACCCAUGGUGAAGAACGCAAGGUCACCUAUCUCUCAACCCUCGUAAAGCACACGCAGGCCGUCAAUGUAGUACGAUGGUGUCCACGAGGGGAAAUGCUCGCAAGCGCCGGCGACGAUGGCAACGUUCUGCUCUGGGUCCCAGCUGAGAACCAGACCACGCACACUUUCGGCGAGGAGGGCCUCGAAGAUAAAGAAACAUGGCGAGUAAAGGCCAUGUGCAGGUCUAUAGGCUCCGAGAUCUACGACCUUGCCUGGUCUCCAGAUGGCGUCUUCUUUAUCACAGGAAGUAUGGAUAACAUUGCCCGCAUAUACAACGCUCAAACUGGAAGCAUCGUACGCCAGAUUGCCGAGCACAACCACUACGUCCAGGGCGUGGCAUGGGAUCCCAUGAACGAAUACAUCGCAACCCAAUCGUCUGAUAGAUCGGUACACAUCUACACAUUGAAGAACAAAGACGGCCAAUUCUCGUUAGCCCAGCACAGCAAGGUCACCAAGAUGGACCUACCCGCACGACGUGUAUCCUCGAAUAGUCCUGCACCCCCAGACUUCGGCGGCCGAGCGUCCUUCGUUGCCGACUCAAUGGCAAUUGGCUCACCCGUGCCAUCGAUGCCUGGCACGCCGCAAUCACUGGCUCUGCCAACCAUGCAUCCGCCGCCAACAUCACACAGCCGCCGUUCAUCUUUUGGUUCAUCUCCGUCAAUGCGGCGCUCGGCCUCACCAGCCCCUUCUAUGCCACUACCUGCAGUCAUGCCCAACUCCCCCAGUAUUAGCAGUAUUGGCACAAUUGGGGUUCGCAACGCACCCAUCUACUUCAACGAAACCUUGACCUCCUUCUUCCGACGCCUUACCUUCGCCCCGGAUGGCAGUCUGCUGUUCACGCCCGCAGGGCAAUACAAAGCGAUACAUCCAUCAAUUGGCGAAGCGAAACCAGCCGAGGACAUUACGAAUACAGUCUACAUAUAUACUCGUGCCGGCCUGAACAAGCCUCCGGUCGCAUAUCUUCCGGGUCACAAGAAGCCUUCGGUCGCUGUUCGUUGCUCGCCGGUAUACUAUACCCUACGCCAGACCGUUCCGCCAACCAGGCAAAUCACCAUCGAUACUUCAAACAUGGAUGAUGAAAUUCCUUCUUUGCCUGAGCCAGUCAUGCCGUCGAAGCCCCCUACGUCACAUUCAUCAAUGGACCCUCCGCCCAUUACAAGUGCGCCUUCCCCUUCGCCAAGUCUAUCAGCACCGUCGCCCAAGCCCGCCGAUGGGGAAGCUUCCGCUCAAUCCGGAUUGCCGGCCGGGCCUCCAUCGGCUUUCGCCCUCCCGUAUCGUAUGAUAUAUGCUGUUGCAACACAAGACGCCAUUCACAUCUACGAUACGCAACAACAAAAGCCACUUUGCAUUGUCAGCAACCUGCACUUUGCUACUUUUACAGAUAUCACUUGGUCCAAUGAUGGCUCUAUGCUGCUGAUGACGUCCUCUGACGGCUUCUGCUCAUCCAUCACAUUCGCUCCCGGCGAACUUGGGGAGAAAUACAUGGGACCGUUAGCUGUCCAUAGUCGCCCACAGCAGACACCUGCUGCGAUCAAUACCACAGGGGGCCACGCGUCGAAUAAUUCUACUCCGACCCCCACACCGACGACCGGAAGCAUGUCAGCUACUGCGACGGCUACUGCGCCACCAAUGCAGAGGCAACCAUCUGCAGGCUUCCCAGCCUCUCCGAGCUCGUUCGUUCCCGCAAGACCCGGCAGUCCCACAAGGAGCAACUCAGUAUCCAGCAUCGCUACUGCUUCGUCCUUUGCUCCUGGUGCAGGUGACCAGAGCCACAUGAACGCUCCAACCCCGGCUAUGUCGUCAGUUCCUAGCAUAGCUGCUGCCAAUUCUGGACCCGUCCCAAUGUGGACGCCACCCCUUACACCAGCUCAUGGACAAGGCGCAACGCACAGUGCAAGUAGCUCAGUCAGCGGGAUGCCAAACAUCGGCCAGGUCGGACGAAGAGAAAGCGAAAUGAGCGAGUCUGACCGUGACGAUGUAUCCUCGACUUCUAAGAAACGAGAGUUACACGCCGUGCCGGAAUCGGACGUAGACGCACGAGAGAGUAAGAGACGGCGGAUUGCACCAACACCAAUUACGAUGAUGGCGGAGGGCGACAGUGCCAUCGCGAGCACCGAAGAGAAUAUCCCGACACAGACCUCUGGCCAGUCGUAG